CUGGCGACUGAGGCAGCUACCGUGCUCCGCUGAGAAGUAAGGAAUUGCAAGAUGGUCGCAAUGUCCCGCUAAACUUCUAUGAAGCUUCUUUUUUUUGGUCAAGACCGAUAGAUUGGUGACGGAAGCGAAGUGUAUUGUACACUGUCCCUCGGCGGACUAAGGGGGACGAAGCGAAGAACCAUGGGACCGCGGGAUGUGAUUUUAUUCCUGGUGGUUCUUGGACUUUCUCUUGAUCUAUCUCUUGGAGCAGCUUGUAAAGGAUGUAGUUCCACCGUGUGUUUAUGUGCCGGCCAGAAAGGAGUGAGGGGAGCACCUGGUUUACCUGGAUUGGGAGGCUCCCAAGGAUUACCUGGAUUUAUUGGAAAUGAAGGUCCCCCAGGACCUCAAGGAUUCAGAGGAGAUGGAGGAGAACCAGGAGGCGUCGGUGAAAUAGGAAACAGAGGCGACGUUGGUCCACAGGGAAUGACAGGAAUUCCUGGGAUUCCAGGUUACGAGGGCUUAGAAGGCCCUGUAGGACCUCAAGGUUACCCAGGAUGCAAUGGUACAAAGGGUUUGCCCGGUGUUCCAGGAGUGAGUGGGUUGCCAGGGAGACAGGGUCCAAGAGGAGAGCCAGGAUUUUAUGGCACCAAGGGAGAUCCUGGAGAUGGAUUUUAUGGAUUUGGUCCAAAGGGUGAUCCAGGAGACGCCGGGAGACGGGGACCCUCCGGUGACCCCGGUAUUCCAGGUAGGCCAGGUCCCCCGGGACCUCAGGGACCAGAGGGACGCAGGGGACAACCUGGAUCUCCUGGAGUCAAAGGCCCGAAAGGUCAAAUGGGAGACCCAGCCCGAAACCCAGCCAAAGGUCAAAAGGGAGAGAAAGGAUUUGAUGGAUUGAGAGGCCCCAAGGGAAUUAUUACAACUCUUCCUGGCAACAAGCCCAACCAGAUUAGUGCGGGGCCCGUAGGGGAUCGAGGAGAUGACGGUUACGACGGACGUCCUGGAGUGCCUGGUUAUCCUGGACAGAGGGGAGAAAAUGGCUUGCCCGGGAUGGCAGGUGAUAAAGGCCCAUUUGGAAUGCCAGGGAUGCAAGGAAUGAGGGGAAAACGUGGAAAAGAUGGUCCACCAGGACCUUUUGGAUUCAAAGGAGACAAGGGAUCAAACGGAAACCCUGGCUACGAUGGAUUACCAGGCGAAAUAGGCCGAACUGGAGACCCUGGAAGACAGGGAAUGAGGGGAGAUUUGGGAGACCGGGGCCCGCGUGGAGAUCCUGAAGGAGGAGGUCAAGGUCGGCCUGGUCCUAGAGGUCGUCCAGGAGACCCAGGUCCCGAGGGACCUCAAGGAUAUCCUGGUUUGGAUGGUGUUGAUGGUCCUAUCGGAAGAGAUGGACCUCCAGGUCUCCCAGGUCCUGAUGGAAUUCCAGGAAACAGAGGACUCCCAGGGUUUUCCUAUCCUGGAGAUCGGGGAGAUAUAGGUGAUUUUGGUGUGGAUGGAGUUCCAGGGUUGCCUGGACUUCCUGGACUCAAAGGUAGAGAAGGAGAGCAGGGACCAUUCGGAGACACAGUACAGGGAUAUCCCGGGGAAUCAGGACAAGUUGGGCGUCCUGGACUGGAUGGACUUCCUGGAAUGCGGGGAGAGCCGGGUCCACGGGGAUUUGAUGGUGUCCCGGGUCUAGGAUUUGAUGUAACAGGUCCAGAAGGCCCAGUGGGAUUUCCUGGAGAAGAGGGAGAUCCAGGAAUUCCAGGAGAAGAUGGAAGGGACGGAAUUCCAGGGGAAAGAGGUCCAAGGGGAGAUGACUGUGGAGUGUGUCCAGGGGGGGAGCCCGGUUUCCGUGGUGACCCUGGUGAACCAGGUCUGUUUGGUCUUCCCGGACAACCAGGACAGUCAGGUUUCCAAGGACAACCAGGUGACCCUGGCGUGCCAGGAUUCCCCGGAAUACCAGGUGCUAAAGGUCAACCGGGUCCAGCAGGUAUCCCUGGAGAAAUAGGUCGAGUUGGAAUGAAAGGAGAGCCUGGAGAAUUUCAGAUGCCACCUGGAGAACUCCUUACAGGGCUUAAGGGAGAGAAUGGUAUUCCAGGUCCAGUAGGAAGGGCCGGGCAACCCGGAGCCGUAGGUCCUAGAGGACCUAAAGGUUACGCUGGUGUACCGGGAGAAAGAGGUCAAGUAGGAGAUCCAGGUUUGGAGGGUCUGGAUGGCUUACCUGGAAUGCAGGGAGAAAACGGCCUUCCUGGAAUGCCUGGAGAUUCCAUUCCAGGCGAACUGGGUCGAACUGGACUUAAGGGAUUUCCCGGAAUAGAAGGUUACCCAGGCUUAAAAGGACUCAGAGGAGAGAAAGGUGAACCCUCCCGAAUCAACAUUCCGCCUGGAAAGAAGGGAGAACCUGGAUUUAUGGGAAUUCCUGGAGAAGAUGGCCAAGAUGGACUUCCAGGAAUAUUUGGAAUGAAAGGGGAGGAUGGCUUUCCCGGCAUACCUGGAGAAAUGGGGCGAGUUGGUAUGAAGGGUGAUGACGGUCAGCCAGGUAUCCCCGGGGAGAGAGGCCGCGUGGGUGAAAAGGGUUACCCUGGGGUGCCAGGAUUCGCUGGAUUACCUGGUCUACCUGGAAACGGGGGUCUACCUGGAGAAUCAGGUGUGGUCGGACUGCCUGGAUUAUCGGGAGACCCUGGGAUUCCUGGACUUGAUGCACCCCCCAUGGAACUUCUCAAGGGCGAACCAGGAGACCCAGGCUUGCCUGGAUUGAAUGGGGAGAGGGGAUACCCUGGAGAGAUAGGGCGUGUGGGAAGACCUGGAUUCUCUGGACCAAAGGGAAUUAGAGGUGACUCUGGAGAGUAUGGAUCCCCUGGAUUCCCAGGAUUAAAGGGGGAAAAGGGGAUCAUAGGAUUCAGAGGAUUUCCUGGCCUGAAGGGAUUUAGAGGGAGAGACGGAAUCCCAGGCGAGGUAGGCUUAACUGGUGCCCCAGGGGAUCCUGGUCUUCCAGGGUUACCUGGUCAAGAUGGGCUUAAAGGUCAGCGUGGAUUGGAUGGUGCCCCUGGAUUGGACGGAACUCCUGGGCGUGAGGGCCCAGCGGGAGAGCCCGGGCUCUCAGGACUGCCCGGUUAUGAUGGACUGCCUGGAAUGAAGGGAGCCACUGGAUUUCAGGGACGAUCAGGUGAACCAGGUUUACCUGGACAAUUAGGAGUUCCAGGUGUAAAAGGUUCUAGAGGUGAGUCUGGCCUUCCCGGAUUUCCCGGUUCAUUCGGAUUGCCUGGAUUCAAGGGAGAACCUGGUGAAGUUGGAUUCCCGGGGCCAGAGGGUGACAUUGGUCAACCUGGGUUACCAGGGCUCCAAGGGCUUCCCGGAGACAACGGAAUUCCAGGAGAAGUAGGAGUUGUUGGAAGACCUGGACAAGAUGGUUUCCCAGGCCGGAAAGGAGAAAGGGGAGAGGUUGGAAAUUCCAUUCCUGGAGAGCCGGGACGAAAUGGUAGACCUGGAAGUGAUGGUUUCCCCGGAUUGAAUGGAUUGAAAGGAGAGAAAGGGGGUCCCGGACUUGGCGGAAUUCCAGGCAAUGAUGGAGAGCGAGGUGUGAUAGGGUUACCUGGAAUACCGGGAGAACAAGGUCGAUCCGGACUGCCUGGAUUCAAGGGAGAGAAUGGAGAGCCGGGACGUCAAGGACUGGAUGGAUUCCCAGGAGAAAGGGGUGUGAGUGGUUUACCAGGUGCUGAUGGCUUCCCCGGAGCCCCAGGUGAUCGGGGUGCGUUUGGUUACCCAGGAGAACGGGGCGUGGUUGGUGCCCCAGGAGAGCAAGGAUUUGACGGAACGCCCGGACGUUCUGGUCCCGACGGACUUAAAGGAUUCCCAGGUGAUCCCGGUCAGGACGGACUCCCAGGAUUCCCAGGAAUGCUUGGAGAAGAUGGUCUGCCUGGAUUCGAAGGACUGAAGGGAGACGAUGGAAUCCCAGGGGAGGAGGGUAGGGCUGGCCGUCCAGGAAGGAAGGGAGAUCAGGGUGAUUUUGGAUUUGUGGGUCGUCCCGGACCUCCAGGAGAGGACGCUUUUGGUGUGAUUGGAGAGCCCGGAGACUUUGGAAUUCCCGGACAGCCAGGUCGUCCCGGUGAGAAAGGAAUGGAAGGUGAAGACGGUUUCCCAGGAUUCCCCGGUCUGAAGGGAAUGGCAGGCGAGGCUGGUUACGGUCCUCAAGGGUUCAAAGGAGAGAGAGGAGAUAAUGGUUUCCCCGGAGAACGAGGGCGUGUUGGGCUUAAGGGAUUUCCUGGAGAGCCUGGAUUAAAUGGAAUCCCUGGACAGAAGGGAGAACGGGGUUUAUCAGGAUUCCCCGGAGAGGAGGGACCUGUGGGUAAUCAAGGAUUCCGUGGACGAAAGGGUGAAAGGGGUCUGGAUGGCAUUCCGGGUGAACAAGGACGAACAGGAGAGAUGGGAUUCCCUGGAGAGAAUGGGCGUGUCGGUGUCCCUGGUGAUCGAGGGCCAGAUGGUCUGGAUGGAUUUAAGGGCGAGCAAGGAGAUUUCGGAUUGCCUGGCUUGCCUGGAGAUCCUGGACCUAUGCCUACAAACUUUGAGGCUCUGCCCUGGCAGAAAGGAGAGAAAGGAAACCCCGGUCCAGAGGGAGAACCAGGUCGGAAUGGACUGGCCGGAGAGAGAGGUGAUGAUGGAAUCAGAGGCUUUACCGGUGAUCCAGGCCGAAAUGGAGAUAUAGGUGAACCAGGAGUAAAGGGCCCCCCAGGAAACAACGGCCUAUCCGGAAUUCCAGGGGAGCGGGGCAGACAAGGGUUACCAGGAGCAAAGGGAUUCGCAGGACUACCCGGAUUAUCCGGAGCAGUGGGAGAGGGAUACGGAAUCUACUUUGCCAGGCACAGUCAGACAACUGUUGUACCUCAAUGUCCAGCGGGAACUGCCAAAUUAUGGGACGGCUUCUCAUUGGUUCAUGUCAUAGGAAACGGCCGAAGUCAUGGACAAGAUUUAGGAACCUCUGGAAGCUGUCUGAGGCGAUUCAGCACCAUGCCCAUCAUGUUUUGUAACAUCAAUACCGUCUGUAACGUGGCCUGGAGAAACGACUACAGCUAUUGGCUGUCCACUAGAGAACCCAUGCUGCCAAUGAUGAAUCCUGUGGAAGGCCCCGCACUCCAGCGGUACAUCAGUCGAUGCUCCGUCUGUGAAGCUGUGUCAGAGGUCGUGGCUGUUCACAGUCAGGAAACCAGAAUUCCAGAUUGUCCCAGUGGAUUCCGUAGUAUGUGGACAGGAUUCAGUUUUAUGAUGUCAUCUGGAGCAGGAGGAAGGGGUGCUGGCCAGGCAUUAGAGUCACCCGGAUCUUGUCUGGAGGAUUUCCGGGCCACUCCUUUCAUUGAAUGCCACGGCAAUGGUCGUUGCAACCACUACGCCACAUCCUACAGCUUCUGGCUGGCAACACUGAGAGCAUACGAAGAGUUCCGAACCCCGAUAUCGGAGACAUUGAAGGCUGGCUCUCAGGAGCAGCGCAUCAGUCGUUGCAGAGUGUGUGCACGCCAGUAGCGGGCUUCCAUUGAAUACUCAUUGCUUUUUCAGCAGUAUUACUGUCAUCUACUCAAGGUGACCCAAGACUAUGCAACAGUUGUCUUUUACUUUAAUUAUCUCAGCAGGUACUGUCAACAACGAUUUGCUUAUUUGUCUUAAUCAAUUAAUUAAUUAAUGGGGUGUGUGUACGGAGUAUGAACUAUAGUUUGAGCUUGGUUGUAAAUGGUCAUGAAAUAUUAUACAUGUAUUUGUCCCAUUUUUUAUCUGUGUUUAAGUAUUAUAUUUCUAUGUGAUUCAAUUUUUAAUGUCUGUCUGAUUUCACAUGGUGCUAUAAAGAAGUGUAGAUAUUUUCCUGCUCAAGUUUUGAGUACUGAGUAUUUGAAAUUGUACAUGUACAUUAUGUGCCUUUUACGUACCUGAGAUUUUGUACUUUAUCAUAUGACAUUGUUCGCCUGUGUUGGUUAGCUACGAUACUCAGGUGGGCUGCUUUGAAGAGAUUCACGAGUUCAUCUGUAGAUACUCAUGACUUCUGAUUUAACCAUGACGAAUGACUGUCAAGGUUGAGUGCAUGCUAUGGUUCGACUGAGCUGUUCCCGUGAAUUUCUUUAUAGCAGCCUACAUGUAUUUCUAUGUGUCCUAAGUUUUAUAUAUAUCUUAAAAUGAUAUUUCGUGAUCGUAAAUUUUUCUGAAGAGUUUGAGAAUUUAAUGUAUUUUACUUUUUAUUUCCAGAUUUAUGCAUGUUGCAUGAGUAUGUCAUGCACAAUUUUUUAAUCAUACUAACAAAUUCGAUGAUCAAUUUUACGUUUAGCAAAUUUUUUUUGUCAAAGAAAUGCUUUAAAUAAAAGUUACAAUAAUAAUAUG